CUCCUUAACCCGACGAAACCUUUUCCCGACCCGUCUCCUUGGCCUCUCAUCUCACCCGUCUGGACAUCCCUUCUUCCCCCCCAAAGCCUUUCUCCCAUUCCCAGACCCUGUCGAAACCCUAACCCUUCAUCAUCCAUCAAUCCAGUUCGCUUCGUUCGAAGAAGCCUGAAUCGAAGGUGUCAUCCGGCGGUUGGCAUCCGAUCUUUUGAACGCGAGUGGGAGAGGUGGAAUCCAUGGCGAGGAAGCCCAGCGGCAGCAACAGCUGCUGCGCCGUCUGCGAGGGUUCCAAUCUCGCUUCCGUCUGCGCGCCCUGCGUUAAUUAUAGAAUAAAUUAUUAUAGCACCGUGUUGAUAUCGCGGAAGAACGUCCGGGAAUCCCUCUAUUCGAGGCUGAGCGGUGAACUGGAGGCGAAGAGGAAAGCAGAUGAACAAAUUAAUUGGAGAGUGACAGAAACCGAGAAACUCAAGAAGCUGAAGGAUCAUGGAAACUACUUAAAGAUGCAACUUGCAGAAGAGAAGGCUAAGCUUGCAGAAGCCUCAAAUGAUUUGAAAUUGAGACAUGAGUCACUGGAUUCAGCUUUUGCAACAAUAAAAAGGAACCGUAUGGAGUUGUUGGAUAAAUUUAAUAGUGAUCUUAUAUACAGCCAGCGCUUAGCCCAUAUGGCAACCUCUGAACGUAUUCAUAAGCAGUCCGUGGUUAUAAAACAGAUCUGCAAACUCUUCCCAAUGCGUCAGGUGAACUCAGAUGGAGCAAAGGAUGGAUCAAAUGGUUUUUAUGACCAAAUAUGCAAUGCACGUUUACCUAGAGGACUUGAUCCACAUUCUGUUCCAUCUGAAGAGCUUGCAGCUUCCUUGGGGUACAUGGUCCAAUUGUUAAAUCUCGUUGUUCCAAGUUUGGCUGCUCCAGCACUACACAAUUCAGGUUUUGCGGGUUCCUGUUCACGUAUAUGGCAACGAGAUUCAUAUUGGGAUGCUCGCCCAUCUUCACAGAGCAAGGAAUAUCCACUUUUUAUACCACGCCAGAAUUUCUGCUCUUCCAGUGGGGAAAAUUCAUGGUCUGAUAGAAGUUCCUCUAAUUUUGGUGUUGCUUCAGUGGAGUUAGAAAGAAAGCCUUGUUUAGAGAGUUCCAGAAGUAGUAGCUUCAAUUAUUCCUCUGCCUCACCACAUUCUUUUGAGACUCACAAGGACCUGCAGAAAGGGAUAUCACUUCUCAAGAAAAGUGUGGCAUGCAUCACAGCAUACUGCUAUAAUUCAUUAUGUCUGGAUGUGCCCCCUGAAGCUUCUACUUUUGAAGCAUUUGCUAAAUUGUUGGUUGCUCUAUCUUCUUCAGGAGAACUACAAUCAACAAGAAAUUCAUUGAAGAUGGCAUGCUCAAGACCAGAAAAGCAAACUCGGCAGGCGAAGAGAUCAUCAGUGUGGAAUGUAAAUUCAGGGGCUACAUCAAGCUUGGUUGACAGCAUGCAGAAAACGAUUAUGCCAAAUGUUCGUGGUAGCAGCCACCUUGCGAAUUCCGACACAAGUUUUCUCUACUCUGCUGAGAUGACCGAAUUCGGAAAGUCGGAAAGCCUUGUGGAAGAAUGGGAUAUUGUGGAAUGUCCUACACUUCCUCCACCACCAUCACAAGUGGAAGAUGUCGAACACUGGACGCGAGCUAUGUUCACAGACGCCACAAAGAAAUAGCAACAUAUAAUGUACAUAUGUAAAUCUUCUUCAGGUCAUGUGGCUAAAUCGACCUGCAGUUCUUUUGCAGCGAAAUUGUCAGAUCGAAUUAGGAUACUUUAGGUUUAACACUGUGAGAUUGACCUUCCAUUCAUGUAUCAAAAUAUGCAGAAUGACAAUUUGUCUGUGGUUCA